UAUUCUAAGGUCUUCUCCCCCAUUGUUCCACAAGCCUCUGAUGAUGGCUCCUGAAAUGGAGAAGCCUAGAAUCACAGAGAUAAAGGUCCGGAUGGACUGUAAUGGGUGCGUUCAGAAGAUCAAGAAGGCUCUCAAUGGAGUUCCUGGCAUAUCAGAUAUCUACAUCGAUUUCCCUAAGCAGAACAUCACGAUAGUCGGGUGGGCCGACCCCAAACAAAUCGUACGAGCCAUCAAGAAAACAAGAAAAACCGCAAUCAUCUGCCUACACACAGAACCACCACCCUCACCAGAACAACAAACCCCUGAGGAACGGGCCCCACAGCCCGAAAACACAAACCAGCCACAAAACAAACCCACGCAAACCGAGCCAUCGCCACCGGAGCCACCAAAAGAACAGCAGCAGCAGCAAAAGAAGCCGCCACCGCCGGAAAAUCCAUCACCACUGCCGGAAAAUCCAUCACCGCCGCCUUCCGAGCCCGAGCAAGGCCCGAAGCCCGAAACUGCUAAUAAUGCCACACCAAGCCAUUCGGGACAACCACCUUCUCAACCAAAGGAUCGCAAAGAAGAAAUACACGUAAUACACCACCACCCACCUGACUACGGCUAUCGAUAUGACUACGGCACGAAUUUCCAACAACAGGGGUAUAAUAGUCAUUGGAAUCCUUACCAUGGAGGCCCACAAUUCAGAGAAGGCCCGUCUCACCUGCCUCAGCCUGUUUAUGUGGCCCAUAACUAUAACACAUACCAGCCAUCACCCAACAUCACUGAAUACGCAUAUAACCAUUCACCGCCAAGAUACUCACAUUAUGGUGUGCCAGAAAAUUAUACGCGUUAUAGUGUACCAGAAAGUUAUACGCGUUAUAGUGUGCCAGAUGACUGUGCACGCUAUAGUGCACCGGAAUAUUAUGGUCGGGAUUAUUAUUACGAUGGUAACAGUGGGAAUGGAAAUGUGACAUCGAUGUUCAGUGAGGAAAAUCCGAAUGCAUGCAGUAUAGUGUGAGGCGGGAAAGGGGGGGUUUUAUGCAUGAAAAGAACAUGGGAGUUUGAUAUUUUGUCUCCAAGAGGGAUCAUUGUUGGGAAGUUGAUGGAGAAAAUAAACGAACUUUGCAAUUUUUGUAUCGGUAAUAACAAAAUGUUACGUUUCAUGCAAUUUGUUUUCGGACAAAAUGGACUCUUAUCUUGUGAAGGGCAUUCUAGAUGUGAACUGUGAUAGAUAAAUUGUGAAACCCUUCUUAAAGAUAGUUCAUAUCACCUUUUCCUUAUUUUGCAAAUUCAAUUACUAAAUGGGAAAAGGACAACCUCGUUCUCACACAUGAUUCG